UGUGGUCUACACACUCAGGUAAAAUCUGCCAAUAUGAAGAUUUUACUGGCUCUAGUCUUGGUGGCGCUAGCCCAGGCUAGGCCAUCUUUGCGUCAAGCCCAUGAAAUCUUUACCAGAGUCAACCGUUAUGAGAAAAUUGACGCAGCCGGAUGUGGCCAACGCCCUCUGGUUGCCGGAAACGGUGUGUCUGAGCUUUCAUUGGUCAACAAGAUCGUCGGUGGUCAAGAGGCUGUCCCAUACUCCUGGCCAGCUAUCUGCAGUUUGAGAUCAUCCACCUCACCAAACUCCCACAUGUGUGGAGCUAACUUGGUCAAGAACUUGGCCGGUCAAUAUUUUUUGAUCACAGCCGCUCACUGCACCACCAACCUUCAAGCCUCCAGGUACGUGGCCCACUGUGGUAUCUACGACAGAGCUGCAACCACACAACCACACAGAGUCAUCAUCAGCUUUUCUAGUCUAACCGUUCACAGCCAAUACAACGACUGGACCUUGGACUACGACAUUGCCAUCUUCCGUGUCUCCACCGCCCUCCCCACCAACUCCUACAUCUCCGCCGUCUGCCUGCCCAACGAGGGCUGGAACGAGGGCGAAAAAGCCAUCGUCGCUGGAUGGGGAACUCUUACCGCUGGUGGAACCUCACCCUACAGACUCCACCAAGUCUCCAAGCCAAUCAAAUCCAGACAAACCUGCAUCGACAGGUACGGUGCUGGCUCCAUCACCUUGAGGAUGUUGUGUGCUGGUUUACCUGAGGGAGGUGUCGACUCAUGCCAGGGUGACAGUGGCGGCCCACUCUACACCUACAGAGAGAACAGGUGGACACUCACAGGUAUCGUAAGCUGGGGCUACGGCUGCGCUGAAGCCGGCAGACCAGGUGUCUACACUGACGUCAUUGAGCUCAAGAACUGGCUGGCUCCAAUCCUCAACGGUUAAGCCUACCUGUACCAGAACGAGUCCUAACAUAAAGAGUCAGAGACUUAAACCUGCCCAUAUUGUGUACAAGACUUACAAAAACGGAUGAUAAAAUUAUGGUCAUUAUAUUUUUUUUAUGAAAUAAAACAAAUUUUGCACAAUGA